UAAGUCGUUCAAUACACAUAAACUGUCAUCAACGUAGUUUAGUGUUUCCAAUGAAACAUUUUCUAGCAUUUUCUUUGUAAAUUUUGAGUAAAAUCAAUAAAAAGCCUAUUUAGAUAUAUGUUUUAGUGUUUUUUCUUUGCUAGGUUUUAUUGAUCUUAGCUACCGAAAUGCCUGAAACAAUGAUGGAACAGUUACCUCUUCAUGAAGAGUCUGAAGAGGAUCGAUGCAAAGCUAUACUCGAUGGCUUUCAAAUUAACUAUAUGACUCUGAGGGAUGUGGACACAGGCAAGAUUCUUUGGCAGCAUAAUCUGGACAUGUCCAGUCCGGAUGUGGAACAUGAGGCUCGUGUUCCAAAGCGCAUACUCAAGUCGAGAGUUGUAUCAAGAGAGAUGAACUUCAGUUCUGUGGAAUCAAUCAGCAAAUUUCGCUUAGAACAGAAAGUUCUCUUCAAAGGCAGAUGUUUAGAGGAAUGGUUCUUUGAAUUUGGCUUUGUCAUUGCAAACUCGACAAACACAUGGCAGUCUAUCAUAGAAUCGGCCCCCGAGUCACAAAUGAUGCCCGCCAAUGUACUUAAUGGAAAUGUGAUCAUAGAAACGAAAUUCUUCGAUGGCGAUCUUCUCAUCACCACAUCGCGAGUGAGGCUCUUCUACGUUUGAUGGGUUCAAGUUACCAUAGACAAGAGACAUAGACUAUGCUAAGAAUACCUUAGAGGAAUUAAUAAUGAUGUAUAAACUGUGGAAACAAUCGUGCACCCAAUAUCUAUUGACUGUAAUAAGUGAAUAAUUCCAUAAAUACUAUUUACAGGUUCAUAUAUCUGUACUAACAUUAUAUUUUUUAUAUAACUAGGUUAUAUAUUUAAUGUAAAAUAAUUAAAAUUUGUUUCCUUAGGAUAUUUCAAUACUAAAUAUUCCUUUCGGUAUAAAAACAUUUACAACUCUUAAUCAAUAGGAUAAAAGAGUACUUUUUUGAUUGAGAAUAAAAAUACAGUCUGCGUUCGAGUAUAAAACUUUUAGUCCUCAAUAUAUUUUACUGAUAACUUUCUUCAUGGUGUAAUUCUUCGUUUGGGACUUAUUAUCAUACUAAUUAUUUUUUCUGCAUUAUAAUUUCUCUAACAAUUUUACAUAUUCUAUGUCUAUUGUGGUGUAAUUAAUACAAACGACUUCAAAAAUGGAAAAAUUAUACAACGUAUUCGAAAUUUUCAAAGAUAAUGCUACACAGCCUCUUAAAUUAAAAAAAAAUAUAUAUUUAAAAGAGGUUUUAUUAAAAAAAAAAUCGCAGAUGACAUAAUUUUCAUUCAUAUAACUCUACACAGCUGUGAAUGCAUUUUUUAAUAUAAUAUCUAGUCAGUACACGCACUGAAUUAAUGUCAUUAGCGGUAGAUAAAAAUGUAGUGUUAAUGACGGUAGUUUUAAUUUUACUUACUUUUUUAAUUGCUAGAAUUUAACAAAAAUCGUCCCUAAUUUAAGCUACGGAAGGUUGAAAUUCAAUUGUGAUAUGAGCUGAUGCUAUAGCAUUUAGAAGCACUUUAAUUUUUUUUAUUGUUUAUGCAUUAUACAAUUAAAUAAAAUCUAAUGUCGUAUUCCAAGUAAUUUGUCAUGUAUUAUACAGUGUGGAACAAGCUCUAGGCUACAUACAAAGUGAGGGAAGUUUUGAGAAGGUUCGUUAUAGUGUGUUAUAUUAAACAGAAGUGUAUUGAUAUAUAAAUAAAAUAUUUUUGUUUAUUAAUAA